GCACUAUUACCCAGCCACCAACAUACAAUCCAUUCGGUCAUGCCUCUCCCCGGAAGAGCCAAUUGCUGAAGAUUCAGGCCUUUGGGCAAGAGAAAUUGUACUCUUCGGUGCCGAUUCGAGAUCCUUUGUGUCUACUGCCGGUCUUCCGCUGGAUGUCGUCGGAGUGCUCUGCCGCAGGUCGUUGCUCUGCCACAUGUCAUCGCCGGAGUGCUCUGCAACAGGUCGUCGCUCGGUGGUCGCAAGUCACUUCUGCUUUUACUGUUGGUUGCAUCAAGCUGUCGUCGGACUGGUGUCGUCAGAGUGGUCGUCGGCGUGAAUCAUAACCCAAGUGGUCUGCGGCGAGAAGCCUCCGGCGCGAAUCAUCGCCCUCUUCUUGUUCUUCUUCCUUCCGAGCCUCCUCUUCUCCCUCUUUUUCUUCUUCUCCCCCGCUUCAUCCUUGUGCUCGAUGAAUGUUCGUAGUUUCUGUACUCGGAUGAAUGCUCGUAGUUUCUGUUCUUGUUUUUACUUUUUUAUUUUGUUUUACUUUUCAAUUUAUUACUUACCUUGUUACUUUUUCUUUUCUACUAGUAGUUUUUUAUACUUUAGCUUAUUUUGCAAAUUUAGCUAAUGAAUUUAAUUUUCUUUAAAAGGUUUAGUAUUUAUUUUGACAAAUCUUUUUCUUUGAUAAUGAAAUGAUAAACAUUUAUGUUUAUAUUGUAAUGCCAAUAUUAAUUACAGUCUUUAUUUUCCUAGAUUGUUUGCACUGUGUUGAAAAAUGAAACUAAGUUACAUCGUUAAAGUU